CUUAUCAUUUUUCAAGUUUAGUGAAAUCAUUUGUCACUGUCAUACAGUAAAAUUGUUCUUUCUGUGUAAAGUAGCGGAAAAGUAAAGCUACAAGAAAGAAAAAUCGGCUCAGAAGAAUUUUCUAGAAUCAGUUACAUAUAUUUGCCUGAUUUCAAAAAAGGAUUUAUAAAAUGAAGUUGGUCACUAUUUCCGUAUUGUUGCUGUUAUUGGACAAUGUCCUUGGUCACUGCAACAACACAAAGACAACGUCACUGAUCAAAAGCCAACUCAGUUCACUGCAGAAAACCAUUGACAUGCUAGAUAAUGGCUCCAAAUGCAGAUGUCAUUCUAUAAACCAGGUUGUAUUUCUUGCUGAAAUAGGUUCAGGUAGAUCGUACCAGAAAGGCUCUGUCUGGAUCUAUGACAAAGUUGUCACCAAUGUUGGAAAUGCUUACAACCCUAGCACAGGGAUAUUCACCGCACCUACGAAGGGCAUCUACCAGUUCAAUUGGUACACAUUAAGUGUCCCAAGCACAAUGUCACAUGCAGAGUUGUUUGUAAAUGGUAAACUAAAAGCACGCCAAUCUGCAAAUAACAACGGUAGCACUAAACAGUGGAUUACAGCUGGUAGCAGUGUGGCCCUGCCACUGAACAAGGGGGAUGUGGUGCAUAUAAUGGAUAGUCGAUUUACAGCACAACUUAUCAAUCAAUGGACAACAUUUGGUGGCGUACUGUUAAAUUGAGAUCACUAAAUAAAAAGUAUCAGCUUAUUCAUACAACAAAAUCUUAUGUAAGCAUGAAGGUAGUGGGCAUUGUAGAUAACCCGAGUAAACGUCU